CUCCCUCUCACUCUCUCUCCCAACUUCCCUGGAACCACCUUCACCCUGGAACCACUCUGGCCUCAGCCGUCUCUCCUCUCCGCCGUCUCUCUUCUCCGUCUACGUCUCCCUGUGUCCUGACACCCGAGCUCCAGCUCAGCAGAGUCAGUGUUUACCCGUGCUGUGCCUGGCAACAGGCUGCAUGCUUGGGAUUACCGGAGGCCCUACCUUUCAACGCUGCGCACUCUGCCUUCCUUCAGCCUCCUCCGAUCACUUUCCCUGGGAACUAACGGGGAGCACACGAAGGUGCGAGGUGAAAGAGCCGUGGAGGAGAGCCCUGAUUUGAGGCUCCGCGUCCACCCACCUCCCUCAAUUGGCUUCAGUCCGCUCUACUCUCUCUCCUGCACCUUCUCUGUCUUGUGGUCUCAAUUAGUCACUCUGGUCGUUCCUGGAAGUUUUGGUGAUUGUGACCAGUGUGGUGGACUUAGGGGGGUUCGUCUUUCGGGUGGAUCUCGUGGAGCACCGUGAUGGAUCACUCCCUGUUUGGGUGCCUCCGUAACCCCCACGCCCCGGCCCAGAGCCUGCACUCCCACCCUGCCUUUAGCCAGUCCCCGCUGGCACUGCAUGGACGCUCCGACCACAUCUCCUACCCUGACCUGCCCGGCUCCUCGCCCCCCUGCGGGGGGUACCCUGGACCCGGGGAAGAGGGGGUGUACGGAGGGCAGCAGCACCACCAUCGUGGAGGACACCUCCAUCAGCACCACCAGCACACACACCCCCACCACCCACAGCACCAGACCCACCAGACCCCCUGGCACAACCCCCAGAUGCCCUCACACAACACUAGGCAUGGCCUCUGCCUGCCUCCCCCGGACAGCCAAGUCUCAGAACGGUGUGGUGGGGGGACCCCAAAUCUGUGUGGCUCCCACACCAACCCCAGUCUGGGAGGUAGUAGUGACCCCACAGGUGUAUCCUGUGUCCCUGGGGACUUCGGACGACAGACGAUGUCCCCGGACGAGACGGAACAGAGACGGAACAGUAAAGGGAAAGAGGAUUUGCACAGCUCAGGUAAGAUGAGGACAUUAUUCUCUUCUCUCCUCUUUGCUUUUCUUAGCUUUGAGUUCAGUCUCAAAGUUUUGGUUGUUUCUCACUGUGGAGUUUUCAUCCCAUAGCGAGGGAGUAUAACGAUUUGAAGUGUUUUGUUUGUCUAUUCUCAUAUUGGGAAUUUCACCAUCUGUGUGUAAGCAGAAAAAGUCCACAGAUGUUUAAACAGCAGAGAACAGUUUGUGAUACAGUAAUAAAACACACACAAAUGUAUUGUUGCAUUUCUACUAAUUGGCUAAUGUUUUCAUGAUCACUGAAAGCGCUGUAGUCUUCUGCGUCAAUGCUCCUAAAUUCGAGAACCUCAUGAGAAGUUGUGCAAUGACAAAAGAAGUUCAGCGCAUACUUUUUAGUUUAAAAGUAAAUUCAAAGUUUUAACCUCAUUGACUAGUAGGUAGGCUUGUUGUUUCAGUAUUUGGGCCUUGUUUUUACAGUGGUCGUCCAGAUAAAAUUGAGGGCCAUAUAUGAUUUACUUUUGUUGUAUAAACAUUCAACUUCACGUUAAUUUGAAAUAGACUUAGUGCUGAUGAUUGAAACUGAUGUCUUAUUUGAUUGCCGACUGCUUGAUGCUCAUAGUUCAAUGUUGGAUAUAAUUCUGUUUUCUUAAUUGUCUACUUGCAAAUGUAAUUUAUUCAUUUCAAUUACUAGCAACUGCACAAAAGUUAGCUGUAAUUUGAUAUUUAACUGUACUAACAUCUCUUAAUGGGAAGACAUAUAUACCCACAUUUCAGUAUUAUAAGACCUUAUGUUAUGGGAUCUUUAAAUAUCUAAUUUGAUCUUGAUUAUUAUGUCUUAUCUCUACUGUUUUCCAUACUGUAUUGACAUUAAUUCAUAUCUGGAAUUACUGUCUAGAAUUUAACGAGGUAGAAUUAGGCUAACUUUAUUGAUAUUUUAAAUAAAUGCAGGCAAGUGCUUUUUAGAAACAACAUCUUAUUGUGUGAAACAGUAGGCGACAAGCCGCACACUUAAAAUAUGAUCUUGUACUUCAUUUCACCUGAAUUCAAUUAAUCAAAUUCUUCUCACGCCAUGAUUUAGUUAACUUUUCAGUAAAACAACAGAUAUUUAACGAAUGAAUGUUUUUAUAAAUAUAUCUAUUAAGGAAAAAAAAAUUGGAAGCGAAAUGAUAAUCACAAUUCAAUUAAACCAUUGGACUUGAUAAAAAAGGUUAAAUUGUCUUGAUAAAUACUAAGGUCAAUAGUCAUACUAUUCUACUGACAGUCUUAUAUAAAGAAAUGAGCAAGUGCGAUACAUUACAGAUUUGCAGUCAUCUUCUGUUAUUUGAAGCAUUAGAUCCAUUACCUUUCUGUCUCCAUUUAUUUUAACAGAUAUUAAGUAAUUUGUAAGUCGCUCUGGAUAAGAGCGUCUGCUAAAUGACGUAAAUGUAAAUUAAGAUACUUUGGUUUCCUCUCUCAGUGUUAAGCAGUAGGGAAUUUAUUUACUUAUGUCAUUUGCUGCAGUAUUGGCAUAUAUUGUUAUUAUUAUUAUUAUUAUUAUAUUGUCUCACUUACCUUCUACCGGCUCAAUCUUCCAUUUUCAUUAGAAUCAAAGUGUCCUUUAACAUUCUUCAAUCUCAACCCCAUUUUAUAGGUUAUAGCCUGGCACAGCCAAGCUUUACCUUGUCCCCCUCUUCAGGCUCCCAGGGAUAAUCAACAGUGAUAUUUUCUUCCAGGGUGUUAAUGGCCUACAGGUGUGAUUUCUGUGAAGCCGCCUUUUAAACGGUUACAACGGCCACACCUGGGCUUUUUGAUAGGCCUAAACCUACAUAGUAUUUAUGGCUGUGGAACUUACGUACCUAUAGCAUUAGCCGCAACAGCUGUGUGCAAAAGCAGCCUGUUAAUAAUAAUAAUAAUGUGGUUGGAGAAUUAAUCCAUAACACUUCUGGAAAUCACUGUUGGUCAGCUACAGUAUGGAUGAUAGAAUGGAAUGGAAGGAAAUAUAAUAGAAUAUAACUGUAUUAGUCCAUUAGUGACAUAAUAAAAAGGUGUAUAGUUAGGUCCAAUUUCCACAUUUGUUAAACAGCUAUUUUGAGAUGAGCACAUUCAGUGGCACGUGGGAAUGUGUACCUAAGUCAGUGAUAUUAUAGUUAAUUUUACACACUGUCCUCCCAACGACCGUUUUGCCUUUGAGAGCGCUGAGGUUGUAAGGACAAACUGAUCUGUACCCCGGGUGGAGUCUCAAAAUGGCCGUUGGCUAAAUGCGUUGGACGCGUCAUGCAGGGCACCGCACUAGACCUAAUAUGGCUGUAUAUGGCUGAAGCCAUCAUUAUCAGCAGACACCAUAAUAAUGCAAGCUCCAUCCAUGUCAGGGCUGGGGACUAGACACGUCAGGCUCUUAAUAAGUUACUAGCACAGUGGCUGGACUUCCUGGCGGCUACAUGUAUGCAAACACAAGGGCUGAUUCAGGUCAUCAGUUUAGGGUCACGACAAGAGCACUGCUCUCAGUAUCCAGGAACCAUUUUACUGACACCAGCUUCCAGUGGUGUCCUGCACCAACACAUUUUAUUGGGGCACUGAUAGGAUGGCCAAAUUCUCUUUGCAUUCAUUCUGUAGGUUAUACUGUAUUGUGCCUCUUUUCAUCCUAAGAAUUGGUCAAAUUGAAGGAGCACAGUUUCAAUGAGCAGGAUGGCUCUGCCAGGUCCUACCGUGUGUGUCUAUGUCAUUCUCCCCGCAGGGUAACCCACCAGGCAGAAGUGUUGUUGUGCCCAGUAGUUAAUUUCCACUUCCACUUUCCAUCUCUCAGGUCAGUUUUACACCAGGGUGCAAUUCUAAUUGACAGGCAGUAGAACUCUGACUCAUUACCCAGGAGCUGCCAUGGAAAUGUAGAACACCUGUAACACCAAUCAUAUUUCCUCAAUUUAACCUCCAUGGCACGUUACGAAAGGCAACAUUUAUUUAUUUUAUUUUAGGUCCUAUUUCUGAUGAGGUAACGGUCUUAUCAGGUAACAUGCCGUGGCAAUGGUGAAAUAAAUGGUAAAAUACACCUUCUUGAUAAAUAACAAAGAAUGCAAAACAAAAGUUAAAUGUGUAAUGUAGAUUAAUGUUGUAGGAAUAUUAAAGGAGUAUUGCAAGAUAUUGUACGGUAUAAACCAUUAAACAAUUGUUUCAAAUUAAAUCAAAUAACUAAAACAUGUGAAAGAUAAUUUGUUUGAAGAUUUUAUUUCCAGAAAUGUCUUAGUCCCAUAUUAUGUUUUUAUAAAUGGAGUGCCAUGAAUAUUGGGGACUGGAUGUGCCUGUGUGAUGUGGCAGAGAGAAAUACUCUUUCCUGGCACUAUUUGGCUUGUCAGCACAUCCAACACGUCCAACAAUUACAGUUGAACUAAGAGAAUGUUAGCUGGUUUUAUUUGGCGUGGACUAGAGAACAACACGUCAAUUACAACUCAACGCUUUUAAUGCCCUGAAGUGUAGUGUUAAGAGAAAUUUGAAUGAGGUUCACCCAAUUUGAAGCCACAUCAAUAGGAAAAAAAACAUUUUUUAAGGAUUUGAUGAAUGUAUGCUUUUCAGAAUCCAAUUGCGCAAUCUGGAUUAAAUACAGACAAUUGGACCAAAAGGAAUUACAAUCUGGAAAGUCUUUCUGAAGUCUACUUAACUUCAAUCAAAUAUACGAUGAAUCGCAACACACACUCUUACCCGUGGCAUCUGCUGAAAUGCUUCCGCCUGUAUGUAGAGUGGGCCGGUGUAAGUUUUCCGAUCAUGCUCCAUUUUAUGUCUAGGCCCGUGGGUGGUGCUUAGCUGAUCUAUGUAUCUAUUGGUCUAUUGUUCAGUCUACCAGGUGAUAGGUGGGAGGUUCACACCCUACAUUACUGUCCCACAUUACCACAUCACAUUGUCACGCUACCACACCCCACAUAGCAGAGGCAGCAUUUUUGGGGCACAGGGUAGGAUUGCCAAAUUCGAUAGUUUUACUUCCAUUUUUCAUAAAAUAAAGAAUAUCUUCCAUCUCAUCAGUGUAUGGAUAAAACUGAGGGGGCUUAUUUCCCCCUAAAUUUCAAGGGGAAUUAGCUACACAUUAUCACAUGAAUUAUUACAUCAGACAUUACCACAUGCAUUACUGCUUCACAUUACCCCACACCUGACAGACCUCAGCUUCAUCUCCCCUCAGGUCCACCAGAGAUGAGCUCUUGGAAAUCCCUUUUGUCUUUGAACAAUAGAGCUACAGUGUUGAGUUGGCCAGCCUCAAAUAUUACCUCUCCUUUUGGAUGAAACUUCUAUUUAAAACAGGUGAUAAAGUACUGGAGAGAGGCAGAGACAAUUCCACCAACUUUCCAGUUAAACAAAGGAUUGUUAUAGGACAUAUUCUCUGUGUCGCCUAGAUUGAAAAUAAAUUAGGCUAUAGUAAACUGAUUUGUGGAAUUUUCACAUACAGUAAGAAAGUGCUACAACUUAAUAAUAUUCGAGAGAUAUCAGUCUGUUUCUUUCUAAGCUCCAAGGAGCGAGCGAAGAUGAGUGAGUCUGUUUCAGAGAGAGAACACAGGGCAGUUGUCUGAGGGAGCUGGGCUCUGAGACUGUAGAGAACUUACUGCCUGCCACUUCUCAUGCAGCUUCCCCCUCCUCCAGUAAGACACUAUAUAGUGUGCAUGUCCAAUAUCCCCAUAAUAAAAGGUGAUUGGCACCCCUAAUUGUUUUGCUUUCAUUUUGCGUUUCAGCCCUGCAGUUUAUCAAACACUCCCUUCUUUUUUUCACCCCUUUUUCCUCUCCUUUCUUUUUUGGCGACUCAACUGUGUCUGGAAAAAGUUCUGCUUUUCAUUUUAGAUUCCCAGGACGGGAGCUAUAAGUCUGACGUGAACAGCAAGGCCAGGAAGGAGAGGACAGCGUUCACCAAGGAACAGAUCCGGGAACUGGAGUCGGAGUUUGCGCACCACAACUACCUGACGAGACUGAGGCGAUACGAGAUAGCAGUCAACCUCGACCUCACAGAAAGACAAGUACGUUACCUGUUGUUGUGUGGAAACAAUCAAAUCUAUUAACAUUUGCAUAUUUUAAAAGUUAUUUUAAAUUGCAAAUGAAAAAUAGAAAGUAUCUUACCUGUUGGGUGUUGAUAACCCAAAACAAGUUCAUUAGUCAUAAUAUUGGCUUAUCAUCUAAUGACAAAACAUUAUGCAGUUAAUUUCUCCCUUUGAUGAUAAAAUAAAUCAGAAAAUUGGCAGCUCGUGUGAACAAAAUAUCUAAAGGAAUCAUAGUUAGAGGAUUCAUUCUGUAAUUACCCUAAAAACGCACAGACACAUGUAUUCAAAGACUCACACUGAAAUGUCAGCUAACAGCAGUUGAUGGGGAUUCUAUUAAAAACUGCACAGGCCUCAGGAUGAAAACCCUGUAUGUUUUGACCUUAGCAAAUGCUUGUCAUGCUAAUGUUCUGAAGCUAAUCGCUUCCAAACCAAAACCACUGAGGCUCUUUGAUAUAUCUAUGCUGUGUGUGUAUGUGUGUGUGUAUAUGUGUGUGGGUGUGUUGCCAGCAAUGCUGGUCUCUCUGUGUGUGUGCAGGGACUGUCUGAUGGCAUGUGUCAGACACCAGAUGUUUCUGUAAUUCCCUUCAGACACUAAUAGGAAAUACACUGACAUUAAGGGACGGAUUCCCGCACAGUAUGCUCAAUGGACAAUCUCCAUUGAAAGUGUUUUUUAGUCCAGUAUGUAGGCUGAAACUGGGGCCAGGAAACCACCCAUUGAUGUAUGGCAGUGAAAAAGUGAUAAUUCUGUUCUAUUUGAGAUGAAAAGAAGCAACAUUAAUCUUACAUUUUCUUAAAUGACUAUUUUAUGCCUAAUCUGCCUUGAUCUAAAAAGCUGGCCUGCAUAAAUCUGUUGGUGGUGAUGCAUUUAACCAAAACAACCUACACACUCAGCACACCCAUAAGUGUCUUUGGAAAUCAUCAUCUGUUGUAUAAGUCCAAUCAGUGUCAAGGGCCAGGCCCAGGCAGCCAGGCAACAACCCACCGAGGAGUUAGGCCUUCCAGCUAGGAGCCCUGUCCCUCACAAUCACUCCCACUCAUAUUGGCUGCCUCUCCUCUCCUCUCUUCCCCUCUCCUCUCCUGUCCUCUCUUCUCCACACAUUCCCAAUGCAAGGCCUAUAAAUCUGGAUGUACGUGGGGGUUGUGUGUCUGUGUGUGUGCGUGUGUGUGUGUGUGUACAUAUGUGUGUGUGUGUGUGUGUGUGUGUGUGUGUGUGUGUGUGUACGUGUGUGGGGGUUGACCUUGGAUGUUAAACCCACUCUAACAUCCUCCUGGCUAUUAUCUUACAGUUCAGCGUCUAUCUCCCUGAUCCUGCUAUUAACUAGCUUUACUAAUGAUGAUUGUACAUCCCAAGGGCAUAUACAGUGGCAGAGGUUUAUACAACUUGUGGACACCGAUCCUCAUCUUAUCUCGCCACUGAACCCUUCGAGUGUGUGUGUAACAACCUAGGUAGGACUAACUGAUUGCCCAAUUAGAGCUGCACCCAAGGCUGGCAGAGGAUUUCGUACGGCUUGUGGAUAUGUGUGUGUGUGUGUGUGCAUUUGUGUGUUUGUGUGUGUGUAAAACAAAAACUUACGAAGGACUUAGUUUUAUGAGGCAGUCGAUGCUAAACCCGUUUAUUAGAAAUGGAGCCACAAUUGCGUGUUUACUCUGUAAACUUAACGCCUGUCUUGGGCCUGUGAGUGGCAGGCCACAAUGCCUAAAAUAAAUCCUACAGGAGAGCAUAGGGCUCCUGUGAGAAAGCAGGUCACUCGGAGGGUGGAUAAGAAGGGGGUGGGGGAUGAGGGGAGUAUAGGAGGGGGGUGGAGUUUGUGGGGCAUGGGGAGGGUCAACAGGAGGGGGUAGGGCGGUGUAGGGUCGUCAGUGGGGGAUGGGGGACGGCGCUUCGCUCGUUCCCGAUCCGAUCGGGCCGUUUUAGGCAGCAGCUUAAUCAUCACGAAGAAGAGACACAAAUACUGAAGGAUCUGUGGAGUCAGGAACAGGAUCCGAGGCAGGGCCCUCCGCCAGCUUGCGGACGUGACCCAUGCAUCAGCACAUACCUGGCCAUGUCAAAAUAAGACGCCCCAACAGCCAACACUAACCACGACAGCCAACGGCGCUGCCAGUCGUCCGCUCAGUUCACUGUCACAGGUGUUACACCUACACUGUAGAUCGUACACCCUGGCUUCACUGUCAUCGAGUGCUAACUAAACCGUACACCCAGGGUUCAGUGUCACCCUGUACAACCCACAUCGUACACAGUGGGGUCAAAACGAACCAAAGUUCUGGUAGAUGAGGUGUCGCUCAGGGUUUAGAGAGUGUGUGUGUGGGGGGGGGGGGAACUGGUGUGUCGGGAGCAGUGUGUGUGUGUGUAAAAAGAGAGGUGGAGGAUCUGGGUUGCACACUCCUGUAUGUGUGUGUUUGUGUGUGUACACAAGUGUGUGUGUGUGCGCAUGCUCUGCUGCGCAGGCAGAGGUCUGUUUCACUGAGGCUGUAAAGCUCUGUCACACACACUGAUAGAGAAGGGUUCACACCAACAGAUUCAGGACAUUGGGUUUCCUGACGCACAGUGGGAUGUUUUACUGAGGGGGAACGGGAGGGAAGAGGUGGGGGGACGCUAGGGUUUUACUGACGGGUCUACAUGCCAAGAACUCAGUCUCCAGAACGCCACGAACCAACAAUGGCAUCGAGUUACCUCAGACCCUCACACUCCAUAUACACUCCAUCUCCACUUGCUCACAACAAUCCCUGAAAACUUUGUGCACUUAAAAGUUUUUGAUGUUUUCUUCAUGUGGUUAUUAUUACACUAAAUACAUUUUUCUAAAACCUUGGCUAAUAUUGCCCUUGUUACUGAGAAGGGCUAUGAUCCCCCAGCCCUCCUGCAAAUGACCCAAGCGUCAAACUCCAGUCCUCGAGGGCCGCAGCAUCUGCAGGUUUUCAUUCCUCCCUAGGAGUGUCUAAAUCAGACACCAAAGGAAAGAGAUGAAAUUAGCAGUCACUGUCAUCCUCCAGGUAUUGAGUUGGACCCCCCCUGCCGUAUAGCUUCCACGCUAUUUCCCUGUAAACUAAUUGUUCUCUUCUCCUCCAGGUAAAGGUGUGGUUCCAGAACAGAAGGAUGAAGUGGAAGCGUGUUAAAGGGGGUCAACAGGGGGCAGCGGCCCGAGAGAAAGAACUGGUCAACGUGAAGAAGGGAACUCUGUUACCCUCAGAGUACUCUGGCAUGGUGGGAGGAUUACACCACUCCACCGGUUCCCCUGGUAAUGAGGACAGUCAUGACAGUGACCAGAGCUCAGAGCACGCUCACUUAUGA